AUGGAUGCCCUGCAAUAUAUUCAACUUAUUUUUUCAUUUUUUUUACAUUUAAUAUCCAUUUCUGGUUUACAAGAUAAUGAUAUUGCAUUUGAAGAACUUCAUUCAGAUAUUGAUCAAAUUAUUUCUAAUAUAGAACCAGUUCACAGGCUUUGGGGAAUAUCAGAUUUACAAUGUUUGGUUGGAAAACUUUUCACAUUUACUAUUCCAAAUGAUUCAUUUAAAGGAGAUUCUUAUGCAAAGCAUGGUGAUAAAUUUCAAGAUUUGCCUGAGUGGUUGGUAUUUGAUCAAAAAGGAGUUUUUAAAGGAGUGCCAAGUGUUGAUGACACAGGUAUUUAUUAUAUAUCAGUAACUGCAGUAUCUCCAGGAGCGCUUUAUAAAUCGAGUGAUGUAUUUGCGAUUGAAGUAAUUGAAAACGCAAUGGAUGCUUACAUUUCAGAGAAAUAUGUUAAGCAUACUCUUGGAUGUAGGCUUACAAGAAAUAAAUCCAAAAAACAAAAUAAUAAUUGUAGAAAAUAUUUCAGUGAAGAAAAGUCUCUUUUGAAUAAAUGGAGUAUUUCUAAUGAUUUCCAUUUAUUGGAGGGCUUUGGAAACAUCAACAAAUCUCUGCAUUCCAGUUGUGCAUCAGUUUCAUUUCAGGUUGGUUGUGGAAGAAAUAUAAAAAAUGAAUACAAAUCCUUAAUUGAUAAAAUCAAAAUUGAAGCAUUGGAUGGUACUUUAUCUGAAGUUUUAUUGCAUCCUGUUGUAUCGUGGCAUAUAAAAAACGAAUUUCCUUUUCAUUUCAGAGAAAGACGACAGGCUGGAUCUGGUGAUCAUUACGAAGACGAUGAAGAUAAUGAAGAUGAUUAUAAUGAACCAAUUACUACUACAAAUAGUCCUCAUCCACAUCGACAUCAUCACGGUGAAAUUAUUGAUACUGUAAAAGGAAAUGAAAUAACACCUAAUGAAGUUCAAUAUCAUUUACCAUCUACUUCUUUACUCUUCGAUUAUGACGAUGUCCUCAUUUCGACUCCCAUGUUCUUACCCGAACGCUCAACGCAAAAAGCUUCCAUUCAACCGACGACAGUAUUUGAAGAUGGCUUUACUUCCUCAACGACUUUUGGUUUACCGAAUAAAAUGCCAGAUGAUAAAAAAUAUCAUGGUCAAUCACAAAUUGUCAAAGUUCCUACUCAUUUUAAUACGAGCGAAAUUAAUAGUACUGAUACAACUUUGGAUAAUUUAUCCUUAAACAUCACAGAACAGAGUUUUUUUGAUUAUUUAACAACAGAAAGCUUUAAAGUUGUUUCGAAUUUUUCUACUAGAAUAGAUACUAUAACACCUUCAAUAACAGAUGAUAUCGAACCUAAAAAUUUUAAACCGAUUAUUGCUCAUAGACUGAAAAAAAUAGCAGCCACCGCUGGUAAAAUAUUAAGAUUUAAAAUUCCAGAAAAUACAUUUUCGGAUGUAGAAGAUGGAUCCACUAGUCAUUUGAAUCUGAAUUUUAAAAAUCUCGAUGAAACUCCUAUACCUACUAACUCUUGGAUAAAAUUCGAUCGUAAAAAUCAAGAACUAUUAGCCAUACCUUUGGAAGAGCAUGUUUCUAAAUGGGAGUUUAUCAUUGAAGCUAAAGACAAAGAUGGUGAUAUCGCUUCUGAUACUUUUAAUCUUCAAAUUCAACAUCAUAAAGGGCAUAGAGCAGUAAAUUUUGAAUUUAUUCUUGAAAUUGUUCUCACCGCGAAUUGGUCCCACGCUUUCGAUUGGCAAGAAAAAAUAGUCAAUUCAUUAGUGGAAGUUUAUGGGGAUCCUGAUUCUAAUCAAAUAACGAUCAGGUCAAUCUCCCAAAAUCAGAUUCCUUAUGUUUUCUCUUGGACCAAUGAUUCUCUUCCCAAAAGUUACUGUCCUCGAAACGAUAUUGAUAACUUAUUCAAGGUCAUAUCAGAUGGAGAAGGAGGGGUUAAUGAAGUAUUUCAGCACGCUAUAGGGAGUGGAAUUUCUGUUAAAAAAGUUUCAAUAUUAGGAAUAGGACAAUGUGAAAGCACAUCGAGUAUUUAUACACAAUCACCACCUGUGAAUCCUCACAUGAACUUUUCUCCUGUGCCUAGAAAUCAAAUUGAUCAAGUCAAUGCUACAGCUGGUUGUUUACUAGUGUUCAAAGUCCCUGAGGAUACUUGUUAUGAUCCAGAGGAUGGUAGUACGAGAAAAUUAAAAGUAUCAUUAUUAAACAUGGACCGAACACCGUUAAAUUCUCAGCAGUGGUUGCAAUUUGAUUCGAAAAAUCAAGAGUUUUAUGGAUUGCCAAUGGAAUCAGAUGUUAAAAGUCAAGAAUAUCAGUUAGUUUGUGAAGAUAAAGAAGGUUUAACUGCUAACGAUGGCCUUAUUGUUGUAGUUCAUCCGAAACCUAAGCAGUUUUAUAGUGUAGAAUUUACAAUAGCAAUAGAUGUUUUAUACGAAACUUUUGUAAACAGUUCUUUUUUGAAACGAAAAUUUGUCGAACGAAUUACCGAACUCUUCGGUGAUUCUUCAACGGAUGCUAUCAUUUUAGAAAGCAUUAGUGAGGGUUCGACUAUUAUAACGUGGUUUAAUAGAACACUGCCUACAAACAAGUGCCCAACUGAAGAAAUUCGUAGACUCAGAGAAGUUCUUAUUAAUGAUGAUGAAUCUAUGAGCGAAAGAUUAGUAUCCGUUAUGGGGCACGAAUUUCCUGUUAUUUCCGUGGGAUUAGAACCUGCUGGAUCAUGUCAAGGAGAAUUGACUGUUUUGCACAAGCCAGAAGAUUCGGUACCUCCACUGGAUGAUAAUCUUUUCCCAGUAGGAGUGAGCGAAGAUUAUCUUUUUACUUUUGUUGUUCCCGUUAUUCUAGUGGUAUUAAUGAUUAUCGUGGCAACAAUAAUAGCAUGUUUUUUCUAUUGCAAACGACGUUCAAAUAAAAUGGGAAUCAUUAAUGAAGAUGAAAGACAAAGUUUUCGAAGUAAAGGAAUACCCGUUAUUUUUCAGGAUGAACUAGAAGAAAAGCCUGAAAUCAAAAAUAAAUGUCCCAUUAUCAUGAAAGAAGAAAAACCGCCUCUUCCACCACCCGAGUAUCAAAAAAAUCACAAUAAUACAUCGGUUCAAGAGGUUGAUGAUGGUCCUUAUCAACCUCCUCCUCCUUUUACUUCCACUAAGGAUAUGGGGCGUAACGUUCGUCCGAAACCUACUCCGACUUAUAGGAAACCUCCCCCUUAUGUACCUCCUUAA